GCUCUCUCUCUGUGUCUCCAGCAGGACUGAAGACCAAGAGCGCUCAUCUCGACCGUGUUUCUCCUCCUGAUCUCCGCGCACGCAAUCUCCGCUAAACCAAGAAAUAAAACACACGCGCUCUCUCUCUCGUUCAACAGACGCUCCGUUUCCAGCGCCGGGAAUAAAGCUUCAUCCACGUUUGGACUCUUUGUCUCGCAGUUGUCCGCUUUUAUUUUAUUUGUCCCUCUCUGUGAAGGUUCAAGGUGUUUAAUAUGAUGUUCAUGUAUGUUCUGAUGCGCGCUGGCGUUGGAUUAUUCAGCGUCGCUCUGAUCGCCUUUGUCCAGCAGCCAGCCGGCGCUUCUGCCAGCAGAAACCCGCAAGAUGUGGACGAGUGUGCCGAGGCCCUGGACAGCUGCAGUAUGGAUGCCAUCUGUCAGAACACCCUCAAGUCAUACAAAUGCAUCUGCAAAUCAGGAUACAAAGGUGACGGGAAGCACUGUGAAGAUAUCGAUGAGUGUGCCAGUGAAUAUAAUGGAGGAUGUGUUCACGAGUGCAUCAACAUCCCGGGAAACUACAGAUGCACGUGCUACGACGGCUUUCGUUUGGCCCACGAUGGACACAACUGUCUGGAUGUUGACGAGUGUGCGGAAGGAAACGGUGGAUGCCAGCAGAUCUGUGUUAACAUGAUGGGGAGUUACGAGUGUCGGUGCCGUGACGGAUUUCUUCUGUCCGACAACCAGCACACCUGCAUCCAGAGACCCAAAGUGCGUUUUAAUGGAACUAAAGACGUGCCAACCUGCAUGGAUAAAAAUCAUGGCUGUGCCCACAUUUGCAGAGAGACGCCCAAAGGAAGCAUCGCCUGUGAGUGCAGACCUGGAUUUCAGCUCACCAAGAACAGCCGUGACUGUAAAUUGACGUGUAACUAUGGUAACGGCGGCUGUCAGCACAUCUGUGAGGAGAUGGACCACGGACCCAGAUGUUCAUGUCACAUGAAGUUUGCGCUUCACUCUGAUGGGAAGACCUGUGUAGAGGAAAGAAGUACCCCACAUCAGCCACUGCAGCCAGAGCUGUUACCCAAUG